AUGUUCCUUCAUACUAUGGGUAACAACACUGCCUACCAAUACAAGCUGAAUACGGUCUCAAUUUGUGAGGACUGGUCUUACGACCGGAAUUUACAACACAUCUUCGGAGACUUCGUUACUUCUGAAUGCCGUUGCAUUGGCAAUUAUCGUAAUAACCAGCAAGUUUCUUCCAAUGCUGUCUCAGAUAAUAAGAAGAAGAAGAAGGACAACAACAAAGACAACAAGGAUUCCAACAAGGACUCCAAUCAGGAGAAGAAGCAAUACCAGUCGUUCUGGUGCAAGAAGAAGCUUGGCCACAAGCCAGUUGAAUGCUCUCUGAAUCCUAAGAACAAGAAGGAUGCCAAGCCAGCUUCUGCAGCUACGGCAUCAACUAACAACCUCUAG